CCUCCCGGUAACCUGCCCUCCCCGCUGUUACAAUGUAACCUCCCCUCCCUGCCCCUUCCUCUCCCCCUCCAUGUGUUCUCCUCCCCAUGUCCUUCCGUGAUCAGCAUGGACAACUUUGAGAACUGAGUGCUUUUAUUUUUGUUUUUGACAGGACUAGAAGAACCCCGGGGAUUGUGAGAGAACACCCCCCAUGCCCCCCACCUCUCUCCGCAGUGACCUUUCUGCCCCCUAGGGGGAUCUGAUAUCUUCUGCUUUGCAAGCUGCCCCAUGUGACUUAGCUCUUGGACCCUGCAGGCUGCCCAUGUGAUUUACCCUCUUGUGUCCUGCAGGCUGCCCGUGUGAUUUACCCUCUUGUGUCCUGCAGGCUUUCAAUGUGACUUACCUCUUGGACCCUGCAGGCUGCCAAUGUGAUUUACCCUCUUGUGUCCUGCAGGCUGCCCAUGUGAUUUACCCUCUUGUGUCCUGCAGGCUGCCCAUGUGAUUUACCCUCUUGUGUCCUGCAGGCUGCCCAUGUGAUUUACCCUCUUGUGUCCUGCAGGCUGCCUAUGUGAUUUACCCCCUUGUGUCCUGCAGGCUGCCUAUGUGAUUUACCCUCUUGGACCAUGCAGGCAGCCCCAUGUGAUUUUAUUUCUUGUGCCCAGUAGUUUUCCCUAAAUGCUGUUUUAUACCAUACACUCUACCCUCAGUGGGGUUUGUUUCCUGUACCCUGUGAAGUGCUCCAUUACUGCUCUCAGUACCUGAGUUUCUGUACAUGUCUGCAGUGCACACCUUGCCUCACCUGCCUUUUGUCUCCUCCUAAUUUACACCCCCAUCCCUCCCCAACUUACCAGCUCUGUCUGCCUUACUUAGCAAUACCCACAAAGUUCUACUGACACUCCUUGCUCUAUCUGUGGCUCUUCUGACCAAGUCUGGUCUCAUCCCUGUUCCCCUGGGCACUUCCUCUCUCUCUCACUUUGUAUGGUUCCACCACCAUGGACCUCUGGUGGGUUUUCUGGGUGUCUAUGAUGUUUCUUGUUCCUUUCCUGCUUAUGGAAAUCAGUCCUGCUUUCAAAUUUCAUUUUAAAAUCACCUCUUACUGCAUUCUCUGCCUCAUCCUUUCUGCGUUAGCAGCUCCUGUGUGCUUACUCAAAAGUGGCGGCAGGAACGUCAAUAAUAUGAGAGUAAUCAGUAUGUUUGUACGUACCAUGAAGUAUGUCUUUGGGCUGCGUUUCGAGGUAAAAGGUCUGGAGAAUUUUAAUGUUGAUGGCCCAUGUGUCAUUAUAUCCAAUCACCAAAGUAUCCUUGACAUGAUGGGUUUGAUGGAAAUCCUGCCAGACCGUUGUGUGCAGAUUGCUAAAAAGGAAUUGAUGUUCGCCGGAUCCGUGGGCCUGAUCACCUAUCUCGGAGGCGUCAUUUACAUCAACAGGAAACGAACAAGUGAUGCCAAGAGUAUAAUGGCAGAUGUUGCAAAGGCCAUGAUCGAUGAUAACUUAAAAGUCUGGGUCUACCCCGAAGGAACAAGAAACAACACCGGAGACUUGCUUCCGUUCAAGAAGGGGGCUUUUCACCUGGCACGGCAGGCAGAGGUUCCCAUCAUCCCAGUAGUUUAUUCAUCUUUUUCCAGCUUUUACAACCAAGAGAAGCAUCUAUUCACAGGAGGUACCAUUAAAGUUGAAAUCCUUCCAAAAAUAGACACAUCCGUCAUUAAAGAAGAAGACGUCUCCGUUCUGACGGAGAGAUGUUACAAUACUAUGCGACAAGUGUUCUUCAGACUCUCUAACAAACCAUAUAAAGUCAAUGGACAGACUUCCUCAGGACUCUAGAAUAUGCCAAAUAUCCCAGAAAGGCAACGUACCAAAGAUUGAGCUUAUUUUCCUAAGGGACAUACUUUGGACUCUAGAAGACCCUAUUUUUCUGCUAUUUUGGUAAAAGAUUAUAUAUGUACAAAAAGAAAAUCACAUUUUGUACAAGUAUUGGUUAUAUCAGAUUGUUUGUGCUGUUUAAUAAGUAUAAAUAUUAAGUACUUAAAUGUGUUAUGUUCUAAAAUGACCUAAAUAUGUUCUGUACUCUAGAACCAUCAGAAUAGUUUUCUUUGCUUUUGCCCAAAUGUGUAGUAACACUGGUCUGUGGGGUACAUCAAUGUCUUGGCAACAGACAAAAAUAAUUAUCAACAAAUUGCAUAGAAUCCCUUUAA